AUGAACGGCAGAACCGAAGAUGACGAAACCGUCGUUGGCGGCCCUUCCUCCGCUGUUGACCGCAAGGGCCUCAAGAAAGACCACAUCGACAAUGAUAGUUCUUACACCAAUGCCAAAAAAGGGGUGUCUUUGCACGAUUUCUCCAAAACCGCGGACUAUGCGCUGGAAGAACGUCCGUUCUUCGUACCCAUUGGUAAGGAUGGCGUAAUCAUUGCACUGGACAAAAUCGACAGGCAACUUCGGAACUCUGGGCGGACGGGUCUCUUGUCAAACAAGAACCCUGUGUCGUGGAUCGGUAAAGAAGUUGCUCCAGGUUUCCUUGGUUUGAUCAAACACGGUGGUCUCCCCAAGAUAUUGACAAAGCCUGGUCGAUACCCUGGAUUCCCCCUCCGUAAUUGGUGGGCACGCAAAUGGUGUGGUACUCAAGGACUUUCGGACACCGCGAUUCAGUUUCAGGGUUUAACAGUCGUUCAGGUGUCCCAGAACCAAGCAGCCGUCGUCUCCGAUCCUCAAAAUCGCAUCUUCGUGGUUAAAAACUCAGGAUUCGUUGCGUAUGCCAUUAAUGGAACAUAUGAUGUUCUGGCUAUCGUCGACCAGACACAUUUGUCUACUACGAUCAAGGACCCAGUAACAGGCGCUACUCUCGGCUCGAUGGCCGAGAUUAAGAUGCGAAGUCGCGUCGAUUCAGGCAAAUCACAGGAAUACGUUGUCGCAUUAUUCUUGAACAUCCCGGCAAGUAACUGUGCCAUUCUCCAGCGUGGAGACGAUUUGGAGUUACUCCCUGCUGGACAACACUAUAUAACGAAUCCCAACGUCACACUGCGUGGUUUGUUUACGCUCGGCGAGAAUCAGCUCGAAAUGCCUACAAAGGAUAUUUUCACCAGAGACCAAGUGCCUGUCGGCUUAAGGAUCUAUUUGAAAUGGCAGUUGAUGGAACCCUUGAAGCUCACCACCCAUGGCUAUAAUACACCUUAUGAUGCGCUCCGUGACAAAACCCAGUCUAUUCUCACACAGAUUGUCGCUCAUCUUGACUACAGCUCCAUGGUAAAGCAGCGCUCUCUUGGACCUGAUAAUCUUGAUGAUGGUUCGGACCCUUCAUCUGCGUUCCUUGACGCUCUUCGUACGCGGGCCAUGGAUGAGAUGCAUGAGGCCGCACUCGAGUAUGGUAUCAUUUUGAAGGAUCUUGCCGUGAUUGACCGACAAUUCAAGGGAGAAAUUGCGUCAACUAUGGACAAGCUUACAACAAGGGCGUUACAGGCGCAGGUCGAGGCUGCGAAUGUCGACCGAGAAAACUCGAAUAAAGUUAAACAGGAGGAAGGAGCUCUGGCUGUUGCUCGCAUCAAAGCACAAACUCGUAAUACCCAAGCCGAUUCCGAGGCAUAUAGUGUGAUUGCCGCUGCCAAAGCCCAGGCUGAGCGCACAAAGAUUGAGGCUCUUGCAGAAGCAGAAGCUACCCGCCUCACCGCUGAGGCUGACGCAAAAGCGAUCCGUAUCAAGGCGGAUGCUGAUGCCCAGGUCACGGACCAAUUCGCACGCGAUAUGGAGAUACGUAGAGUGGAAGUCACGCGUGUUCAAGCAUUUGGUGACAAGACUGUCUUCGUGCCCAUGGACGGGACUGGGGUGCAGAUGGGCAAUGCAAUGGCAGUGGGUAUGGCUGCCGGAAUGGGCAGUGGCAUUGGGCCUUAA